AUGCAUACGAGGAAUAAUCUUCGCAGUAAUACGCUUGUCAACAACAGCAAGAGUAUCAACAGCAUCGUAGCAUACAACAACACAAGCAACACCAUCACGCCUUUCAACGGCAAGUGCAACAAGAGCAGUGACAACAUUGUCAGCUCAUUCCGUGACAACAGUGUCAAUACUAACGGUAACAGUAACGGUAGCAGCCGCAGUAACUACCCCGAUUAUAACUCACACACAAUCAGUAACGUUGGUGCUGGUCGAACUGCUAACAGGACCAGUAAUAACAGGAAGAACAGUGGUGCGAGCAGGAACAGCAGCAGUGGUAACAACAGGAACAGCAGUAAUAGCACCACCAGCAGCACUAACAGACACAGCAGCAGCACCAUGAGCACCGACUCUUCCACCCUCAGCAGCAACGAAUCACCAACUGUAGGACCAUAUUUCAUCAAACCUCCUUCGAGUUUCGCAUCGCAUAACUACUCUCCCAAUAACCAGGGAUUUUGUGGCGGCAGUUUCCCCCAAUCCAACUCGAGCUUUUCCCACUCUACGCAUUUUCCACCUCCGAAUUACUCGACCUCGCGUGGGGAACAUUCAACAAUCGAAAAUUCCGAUGAAUUCUUCGGGUAUUCAACGCCGGCGACGAUACCAAGCGUUAUGGACUCCAACGUUAUCUACACCGCCCCAACGACAACAUCCUCGACAAACUCCACCAACACCCACAGGACUGAUCCACCUCCCCCACUUCCCCCGAGGUUCAUUCCCCAACCUCCACUUCCAUCGUCAUCCCCACCACCAAAAUCUACGGGGGAAGGAUCCCCAUCAGAUGGGGAAAUAAGUCUGCAUUUCUUCUAG